AGCUCUGUUAGCCCUGCCACUGCGGUUGACUUCUUCUUCUUCUUUUGCGACCAGUGACGGGACAAGAGGCUCGAGAGAAGAACUUGCAUUCGAAACAAAUUCAGUUUUUCAUUGUGGAACCGACAUCUUUUGACCCUCGGAGCCCGUUUCUUCCUAGUAUCGCCGACUAUCUCUUCACGAUCCAUCCUAUCUUCGACAGGAAAAUUCAAUCAUGGGCAGUCGCAAUGAUGAUCUACCGACCAACAUUAGUCUCACCGGGAGUGAUGGUCCCCCAGGGGAGCCUAGUGUACCAGAGGGCGACGGCACUCCAUCAAAUGGCAACAUUCCAGAGGAAGGCCGUGCUCUCGAGGCAGAUGGUGUCACCGGGAGCGACGGUUUUCCAGCGGAAGAGGAUAAACCAGCGGACGACGAUAGUCCUGGAAAAGAUGAUGAUUUGGUGCACACGGACAGUGUUGCAGAUGUUGCAGAUGAUAACGAUGGCCCAGGCGAAUAUAGAGCUCUAGAGCAAGAGCGGCCCCGAGACCUACUGCAGGAGCUUAUCAAAGCGAUCGAGGAAGGAGAACCGCAGAGUGCGGAGGACCUUGUUACAGAACACAAUAAUCUUGCAAACAUGACGUUCACCUACGGUGCAAGCAAAGGGAGCGACAUUUCAAAGGAGCGGACGACUCCGCUAUUGCUGGCCAUCGAGCUGAGUAGAAGUGGCCUCGUUGAGCUUCUGGUCAAUCGAGGAGCAGAUGUCAAUCUCACGGUCAUGAAUGCCAAGGAUUAUGAAGGAGAACCCGAAACGCUCAAGGCAUUGAAAGCUGCAAUUUUGUGCGGUAGUCAAGUGAACCUCAAGGAUAUCCUUGAGCACAGCCUCAAUAUCAUCAACGCAGAUAUAAGUUUCACAAGCGAGGAUGUGACGGGACUUACAAUGGAGGAAAUAACCCCCUCAAUGUUGGCCGUCGCCUUUGAGCGACCUGAGAUCACCAAGCUUCUGAAGGCUAAUGGCGCAUACACAGAAGCGACAACGGUCAAUGAUGAAUCUACUCCAUCUCUGCCUGUUACUAUUGAGACCCAGCUUCGAACUAUCCAACAUUUCCGGAAUAGACGAGCAACCGGAUCUCCUUUGGUGAACGGCAACCAUACCAUGGCGCCGCUUCUCGCCGCAGCUGAGAUAGGGAAUGAGAAGGUGUUCGACAUUCUAUUGAAGCACAAGGCUGACCCAACAGCUAGUGACAUUUAUGGAAAUACCGCGCUGCAUCUGGCUUCGAAGGGUGGAGACACAACCCGAUCUACCAGCAUUCCGAAAGGAGGGUACCUCGCAAUCAUUGAAGGAUUGGUGAAGAAACACCCAGCGCUCGUGAACCAGCCAAACAAGAAUGAUGAGACCGCGCUCAUAGUCGCGGCUAUGAAGGAUCAGAAGUCUAUUGUGGAACUGCUGAUCAAAUUCAAAGCGAACAUCGAGAGUCGAGAUGUAUGGCAAUAUACGGCAUUACUGAAUGCCGCCACCUUCCAGGCAAACUCAGUCAUUCCUACUCUCCUUGACGCGGGUGCAAACCUUGCAGCAAAAACGGGAGCAGGAUUAAACGCACUCCAGCUGGCAUGUGAGAAUAAUGACGAGGACACUGUGCGACUGCUUCUCGGAGUUCCGCCGAUCAAGUUGGCCACGCUCAUGAGAAUCGGCGACCCUGCGAAACAAACCGCCCUGGGCUGGGCGAUUUCCGAGAAGACAAUUUCCGAGAGAAUGGAUCCCUCGAUCAUAUUCCAACUGCUGGAGUCCAGUUUCUUCUUUCCGCCCGACCCGGCGCAAGAUCAAGUGCAUUGUUCCCCAAAGAACGAGCAGGAGCCCAUUGCGAAAUGGCUAUUAGAUUAUUUUCGGCAGCAGGAGAUGCAGGGGCUGGAUGACUUUCGGCGGCAGGAGAUGCUCAGCCAUCUAGUUCCAGUUUUCUCCUGGGGGCUGGUAAACGCACAAAAUGAGCUGUGUAAAGUUGUUAUGGAUAAGAACUUGGGAAGCCCUCCAAAAUUAGAAGACCGGUGUGGUGCAACAUGGCUGCAUGUGAUUGCUUCCAGUGGGAAUGUGGAUGGGCUUGGAUGGAUGAAUGAUACUUGGAGUGCUCAUCUUUUGACCAAGGCGAGCCGCGGCUUCACACCGUUGCAUGCUGCGGUGGAAAACAGGCAUGAAGAAAUGGUCCGAAUCCUCCUGGGAAUGAUUGACGAGAAAGAUGCCUCACGGGUGUUAGAUGUGAUCUUGGGGGAAGGGAAAGAUGCUGAAAGUGCUAUUGCGGUCGCCGUCUUGAAUAAUAACGAGCCUGAGAUUGAAGAACAGCUUUGGAACAAAUUGCGAAAAUUAUUCGAAGCCAAAAAGCUCUCUGCUUCACAUGGCCUCAGGCAGGAUGGGGACGACGCACACAGAAAAGAUGAAUGGCGCAACACUGCAGAACGCGUAGUUGGAGCCGCAGCCUGGCGAUACACAACCGGAGAAGAGAAAUAUUUGAAUGGUUUCAUGGAUAUUUACUUGACUGGAAAGGCAAGGGCGAAAGAUAUGGGGCCUCUGGACUUUGUCGUCAACUACCGAUUCCCGACCGCCCUUUGGUGGUUGCUCUCCAGCGGGGAGUAUUUUGGUGAGAUCCUGUUCAGGAAAGGGAAUGACCUCACAAAAUAUGGAAACGGAGUGGACCCGGCCGACGACUGAGAGAUUUGGCCUACUGCUCCUGGGAUAAUUAGGAAUCUCCUAACCAACCCUCCUUCGUUGCGUAGACCCAGCAAUGGCAAGCUUUUGCCUGAAUUCGAAUACGAGAGACCCGUCCCUAGAUCCGU